GUUUCUCUAUUAAGUAACAGAAGGCUGAUGACAAAAGUUAAAUAAAUAAAUAAAAUAAUAGUAGUAGUAGGAAGAGGAGGAGGAGAAAUGUUUUGAGAAAUGAGGGUGUGGUGGGACCACCCACAUUUUGAUGACGUCAUGCUGCUCUUAAAAAGCAGGUUUCAGGAGUUGUGUGGCACAGUUUUACAUAGGUCACCUUUGUAAAAUAGAAAGUUGGCUAUCUGAGACAACAGUAUUGGAUUAUUGUUUCUGCUACUGCAUCUAUUUGAGACAUUUCAAGGAACAGUUUCAGUACGAUGCCUCGGAAGAAGGGGUUUCGUAUGCGGCGCACACAAAGAUGCAUCAAAAGUAAGAGCGAUGCUAAUGCAUGUAUAUGUUCAGAAAAAUUGCCGCUGUCUGUUGUUGCUGGGACAGAUGUUAGGGCUGCCACAUUAAGCGGUGAUGCAUUGAUUGGAUGUUGUGUUGUGGCUGGAAUCAAACAUGUUAUUUCCCCUGUAUGUACAUGGACACAGACAGAUAUUGAUGACAUAUGUGUAGAAGGGAGCAAACUAACACAAAAUGUAAUCAUGUCACGUCAGAAAAGAGAAUGUAAACAGAAAGAGUUGUGUAAGUUGAUUGAACAGCACAAUGUGUUUGGCAGGAAGUGGAAUGUAAAAAUUGGUCUACCAGUAUACAAAGAUUUUGAACUGCUGCAAGAGGAAACCGUAAUGUAUGAAAAGCUCCAAGAAUAUUUGUUGAGGGAUGGAAUGUGUCUGCUAAACCUUCACAGUGCAGUUAUUGUCAUCAUUCAUCACAACAAUUAUUUUGCAGUGGUUGAUUUCAGAACACGUGAUAUGUUUGGGUUGGCCUCUGAUAUUGGCACGCCUGUGGUUGUUUUCAACACAUGUCUUAAUGAUCUUAUGGUUCAUAUCAAGAAUCUAAGGAAGUCUUUAGAUGCACAGUGGUAUGCCGUUAGUAGCAUUUCUGUAAAGACAUAUCAACAAGAUCAUGCUUGUGGUAGAGAGUUUCCAGACAGCGAUGUCGACAUCAAAGGUGUUGAUGAGUUUGGAAAUAUAGGCACUGAAGGUGUAGCUGAGUUUGAGGAUAGUAUUUCUGUCAGACACGAAAACAGUGUAAGAGGAUCCUUUCAUCAGGGGAAUAACCAGUUUAAAUACAGAGGAGUUCAAUGUAUGGCAAUAGGUUUAGUAAGCCUAGCAAAGCAUACAGUUGAUAGUGUAUUCUCAUGGCAGACCAAAGACCUUGACAGAGUUGUUGUUUUAGGUGACGAGUUGUACACAGCCUUGCGAGACAAUAAUAAGAUUAGACACAAAUCCAAUCUGUUGGCCAUUCCUGAUUUGCCAAAAGAAUCAGUUAUUGAUGGAGAAAGUUUUUUGUUUGAAUAUGGUGACUUUGUCAGUGGUGAUAUAGAUGUGGUUGAUGGUCAAUUUAUUGAGAGUGGUUUUUACAGCAGUCUUUCAGCUGGACUAGAAAAAAUGUUUGCACAGUAUGACUUAUGUCUUUUAACAUUGUGUAGUAGUACAUGUGCAAUCAUUUCUCACAAUGGACAGUAUGCACUGAUUGACUCUCAUGCACGUAAUGCUCUUGGCAUGGUUGAUGGAAAUGGAAGAAGUGUUGUUGUAUAUUUUUCUUCUGUAAAAGAUUUGCUCAAUCACAUUUGCCUUUUAGCUAAAGGGCUCACUGAGAAGGAAAAACCUUUUGAAAUAACUGGUAUCCGUGCCACUAUUACAACUGGGAAACCUACACAGCACAAUGCAUCAGAAAUUAAAGAUGAGAAGUGUACAAAGUGUUUAACAUUAACAGAGAGCUGCAAAGACUCUGUCAAGACAUUUGAAAUUGAGUUUGAUGAGGAUUCUUCAAAUGAUCAGCCAACAAAUAAUGAUGCAAGAAAUAAGCGUAAAAUUUCAGUAAGUAAUUGUACUUUAAAGAAACAAAAAAGAUAUGAUGUUACUGAAGUUAUUUCAGAUGUUGAAUUUGUUAGUGAUGUAAAAAAUAACAGCAUGAUGUUUAGUCCUAUUUGUAAACAGGUUUGUCAAACUUUGUGUACUCAUUUAAAUGUGGAAUACGAAAAAGUUAAUGUUCCAAUAUUGACACAUGUUGGUUUGUUAGGAGUUCCAUGCAAAAAUGACAAAAUAAUGGCUGACGGAAACUGUUUCUUCCGAGCCAUCUCUCAAGCUGUAAGUGGCACACAAAAGUAUCAUAGAAAAAUACGACUUGCUGUUGUACAACAUUUGGAAAAUAAUGCUGAAAAAUAUCGAAACAUUUUGAGAAGAGAGUAUUCCUCAGUAUCAGAGUACAUUAACAAGUCUAAAAUGAGAUAUGUUAAUAGCUGGGCUACUGAAGUUGAAAUACAAGCAACAGCUGAUUAUUUAGGAAUUGAUGUUUUUACAUUUUAUGAUGGUCGAUGGUUAAAAUACAAUUGCAAUGGUAAGCUUUUGUCGAAACACAGCAUCUACUUAGAAAAUUGUCAUGAAAACCAUUAUGAGACUGUAGUUUGUGUAAAUGAGCCUGAACGACAGAGUUGUUAUGGCUACUGCAAAAUCAGUAAGUCCUUUUUUGAAGGUUACAAUAUUAGAGAAAAGAUUGACAAUAAAAAUAAUGAACUUGAACAGCAGCAUCAUAGUGUGUUAAAAACAAUGUACAAUGACACAUGUUGUGCAAUGACAAUGGUAAGAGAUCCUGAUGUUGAUGUACUGGAAAAUGCAGGUCAGAUGACAUUUAUUUUGAAAGAGAAAAUAUGA